AUGGCCUUCGUUCUCCUCUUCAAGUUGCUCAUGGGUUCUGCUGCUGUUGCAACAGGAUUGACUGUGCAGCGUUGUCCACCAAAGUUUGAGCUUGUCCGGCGGGGCCAGACUAUCUCCACCGCCGAACGGAAAUAUACCAGCCAACGAAGAGAGCACGUCCUGCCUGACGCCUUCAGCGCAUACUUGAGCAAUGUGAAGGGCACCGGAGUCGCUUUGCCGAGUUAUGUCGACAGUAUCCUCGAAUCGAGGGACAAACUACCUAAUGUUGGGCUUUCGAUCAGUGGAGGUGGUCAUCGAGCUGCUCUUUUCGGCGCUGGUGUCAUCAACGCUCUGGACGCGCGAAACGCCUCCUCGGUCAGGAAAGGGACGGGUGGUCUGCUGCAAGCUAUUUCGCACAUCGCUGGUCUCAGCGGGGGCUCAUGGACCGUGACCUCCCUAGCACAAGCCAAUUUCCCCACGAUUCAAAAACUCAUCUUCGGAGACGGCGAAAACUAUGGUGGCUGGAUCACCGAACUCGAUUUGAGAGCCCCGGCCCAAGAUCCUGUCAAGCAGACAGAGUAUGUCCAACAACUUCUGGGAGAAAUCACGGUCAAAGCGAAACACUUCCCCGUCUCUGCUGGCGACAUUUGGGGGCGCACCCUUGCUCGCCACUUCACCAACGGAACAACUUUGGCUAACUUCUUUACGAACGGCACACAUGGCUCGGGCAUCUUACUUUCCGACCUCAUCAAACUUCCCACAUUCGCUUCACACUUGCAGCCACUUCCUCAUAUUACGAUAAACCUUGCUUCGAAACACAUUACCGGCCCUUCCUUCCCCGCUGGCUCUUUGAAACUUCUUCCUUUGAACACACCUAUGUUCGAAGCUAAUCUCUUUGAAUUCGGGUCAUAUGACGACGCUCUCGCUGCUCACACACCACUCAAGUAUCUUGGGACGACCAACAAUUCCAUUUGCGUUCAGGGUUUUGACGAGGCCAUGUUCAUUACCGCAACCACGUCCAACCCGUUCCUCUUGUUCAACAUUACUGCUAACAUCCUUGCUGCAAACACCGCUAAUUACACCACAUUUAUCAACCAGACGUUUCCGCAAUCACCCAACAUUCGACUCGACACCAAUAACUAUCCCAACCCUUUCUUCGGCGUAGCGCCAGAGACAUUUGCGGACUCGGAGGAGACGAUUCUGGCAAUGUGCGAUGGUGGAUUGGAUGGCCAGAUCACGCCAUACCAACCGAUGCUCGUUAAAGAACGUGAAAUAGAUGUCAUCAUUGGUGUUGACGCUGCCAAUGAUGUCCCCGAAAACUAUGCUGUCGGCGCUUCCCUCAUAGCAACCCAGCAACGCAUGCAAAUAUUUGCUGAGGGUCUCGCCACCUUUCCGUCGGUACCAGCAUCUCUUGAUGUAUUUGCGUCACAAAGCCUUCUCUCCCGCCCGGCUUUCUUUGGCUGCACACCGUCAACACCCUCAUCUCAGAAGCCUACCGGCCCCAUCGUCGUCUACCUCGCCAAUGGCGCCCCUCCGCGCGACGGCUCGGCGCCGCUCACCAACACCAGCAGCUUCCAAUUCAUCUAUCCGGAGGAACAGAUACAGGGCAUGUUGGCGCAGACGUUCACUAUUGCGACGCAAGGAGCUCGGAUAGGCGACUCGCUUGAAGACCCUGAGUGGGCGGCCUGCUUGGCCUGUGCUGUGGUUGAUAGGGAGCGGGAGCGUGGGGGUAUCAAGCGAAGCGGGGUGUGCGAUUCUUGCUUCACCAGAUAUUGCUGGCUAGAAGAGGGACGCGAACUAGCUUAA